AACGCGUGGGUUAUGUGUCAUCCUUCCUCACCGGUGUUCUCUCAACCUUCCCAAAAGGGACCCUUUUGCCAUCCACCGGCAGCACAUGAACCGCAUGCUUUCGGGAAGUUUCGGGUUCGGCCCACUCCUUGGCAUCACCGACGGGACCACACCUGGGGCGCGCCAAGCUGGCCGUAGGAUGCAGGCAGGAGCCGUUUCACCCUUUGGGAUGCUCGGCAUGGCAGGUGGCUUUAUAGACAUGUUUGGGAUGAUGAACGACAUGAUUGGAAACAUGGAGCACAUGACAAGUGGUGCCAACUGCCAGACAUUUACCUCCUCGACUGUCAUCUCCUAUUCCAACCUGGGGGACGGGCCCAAAGUCUAUCAGGAGACCUCAGAGAUGCGUUCUGCACCUGGCGGGAUCCGGGAGACCAGACGGACCGUAAGGGACUCGGACAGUGGCUUGGAACAGAUGUCGAUUGGACACCACAUCAGGGAGCGGGCCCACAUCAUGCAGCGAUCCCGGAACCAUCGCACGGGUGACCAGGAGGAGAGGCAGGACUACAUCAACAUGGACGAGAGCGAUGCAGCCGCCUUCGACGACGAGUGGAGGCGAGAGACGUCGCGAUUCCGGCCGCAGCGGGGGCUGGAUUACCGGCGUCACGAAGGCGGCGGUGGCCGCCGCACCGAGGGGACUCGCCUUGCGAUCCAGGGCCCUGAGGAUUCUCCCUCCAGACAGUCCCGUCGGUACGACUGGUGAACCCAGAGCAGACCUGGUGGGGGGGGGGGCGGCGUGGCCACCCCCAAAUCGACCUACACGCUCUUGUACAGACAGUGAAGCCCCUUCAAAGCACCACUUGGACCUAAUUUAGUAUUAACUUCCCUCCCACUUAAGAGUUGAAACGAAGCGACUAAUCUCCUGCAUUGCUCUUUUUCGCCCCGUUUGGGUGCCGCGGUGGGGCGCGGGGAAUCUCACUGAUGUGCAAGGAACGCAUUGAAUGCCCGUUCCCUUCCUGCUCUCCCCGGUUCUGUUCUUUCUGCCAGUAGUGGUGGGCGUGAGGAGCUGCCACCUUGCCUUUUCCAUCCUUUCCACUCUUUCUGUGCUGGGUUGGGCUGGUUCUGAAGGUUGUGUUUAGUCCCCUGUGAAAGAAAUAACGAGGGAAUUCUGCUGGGAACCCCGUGUGGGUCCCCUCACCAGGACAGGGGCUUCCAUUCCCCUCCUGCUCCUUGGUGCAGCCGUGGAGAAGCAGGAUGUGUGCGUU